UGCGCUUGCGCACGCGCCAGUGCUGCCGGACUGAGUUCGAAGCGCGGACGUCGCGACACACACACAGACACAGACAACAUGAGGAUUAGUGCACGAUUCGCGGUUUUGGCCCUUUGCAUAUCAUUUGCUCAGGCAGGAAUUCUUCUACAAAAUGCCCCGGCCUGUCCCGAAUCAUAUGGAGUUCAGGCUUACGCCCACCCUGAGCUCUGCGACCAAUUCUUUCUGUGUACAAAUGGUACCCUCACCGUAGAGACGUGUGAGAACGGUCUCCUGUUCGACGGGAAAGGUGCUGUACACAAUCACUGCAAUUAUCACUGGGCUGUGGACUGUGGAGAGAGAAAGGCUGACUUAACACCAUACUCGACCCCUGGUUGCGAAUAUCAGUUCGGUAUUUACCCCGAUAGCGAGGAAUGUUCCACCAGCUACAUCAAGUGCGCAUACGGAGUACCCCAUCAGGAACCUUGCACGCCCGGUCUUGUAUACGAUGAACGUAUCCAUGGCUGCAACUGGCCUGAUCUUCUGCAACCUUUCUGUAACCCCGAAGCUGUAGUCGGCUUCAAGUGCCCAACUAAAGUUCCAGCACACACCCAAUCAGCCAAGUUCUGGCCUUUCCCUCGCUUCCCAGUACCAGGCGACUGCCAUAGACUAAUCACCUGCGUGGAAGGCAACCCUCGUCUCAUCACCUGCGAAGAAGGCAAGGUCUUCGAUGACCAGAACCUGACCUGCGAAGACCCCGAAUUAGUGCCCCACUGCGCGCACGCGUGAUUUAUUAAUCUAUAAAAAAUAUUAUAAAACGAAAACGAAUAAGUCCUUUAUCUAAGGCUAAAUAAACAUACCCCUAGAUAUAUCAAAGAAUGCUAUGGAUUAGUUUUAAAGAUACAGUGAGUAAUAAGUUUUCCAAUUUUUUCGUUUUAAUAAACUGCAACUAAAUAAUUUAUGUAAUUUCA